UGAAAUGGUCUCAAGCAGCAUGUAAGCUGCAGUUGAAUAUCAUUACAUUUGGGCAAACAUAUUGUUUAAAGAUUAAAAGACGUAGCUAGCACGAUUCAUGGCUUAAAAUCCGUAAAAAAAACCAAUUUUCGUAAGGUCAAACGUCAACUAUCGAUCGAUAUCACACGUACCUGGCACGCCAUGGUCAAAUACUGCAUAUUUUUUUACAAUUUUCUACUUACAAGACAAAUCACCCAAGAAAAUGAAAGGUAUAUAGACUUUGGAUCAGCCCAAAGCCAUAACCCGAGGAGAAAGCCAGUUGCAGUCCAUUUAUUCUGUUCCCUAGUCUCUCUCAAACACUACCAAAAAUAAAUUUGUAUCCCAAUUAUCAUCUCCUCUUUCUUGUUCCUCUGCCCUCCAUCUUCCUUCAUCAUCUUUUCCCAAUGGCAAUUCACUGCAGUCCUUCCAGUAACUCAACCCCAGCAUUCUCCUUAUAGGGUCCCAAGACUCAUAAAUAUGUCAACAAGCGACGGAGACAAUCAAUCCGGGGAAUUGUGCUGUCGCUAUCCACUUGCUGAGAUACGAUGGGCGACCCACAACUUCGAUGAUGCUUUGCUCAUUGGGAAAGGCGGAUUUGGUAAGGUGUAUAAAGGGUUCAUGAACUAUGGAGCUACCGUCGUUGCCAUUAAGCGGCUGAAUACGGAAUCCAAGCAAGGGGCAGAAGAAUUUUGGUCAGAGAUCAAGACGCUUUCCAUGCUCCGGCACCCUCAUCUCGUCACUCUGAUUGGCUACUCCGAUGACUGCGAGGAGAUGAUACUUGUUUACGAAUACAUGGCCAAUGGGACACUCGCGGAUCAUCUCUACAAAAUCCGUGGACAAGGAAACACCAAUACUCAUCAUCUCACUUGGAAGCAAAGGCUUCAAAUUUGCAUCAAUGCUGCUUGCGGACUGGACUACCUUCAUAACACUGAGCAGGGUAUCAUACACAGGGAUGUCAAGACCACAAACAUUCUCUUAGACGAAAACUGGGUCGCCAAGAUUGCAGAUUUUGGGUUGUCCAAAAUGGGCACCACGCAAACCCACAUUAGCACAGAUGUUAAAGGUACGUUCGGUUAUUUGGAUCCAGAGUACUUCUUGACUCGUAGACUAACCAAGAAGUCAGAUGUAUAUGCCUUUGGUGUGGUGUUAUUUGAAGUGCUAUGCGCAAGGCCGCCAGUGGAUAUAAGAGAUGAUAACAAUGACGAGGAACGCAGUCUACCCUUAUGGGCUCAACAAUGCAUGAAGAAGGGAAUGCUUGAUCAGAUUAUCGAUCCGUAUUUACGGGGGCAAAUACCACCAAAGCGUCUAAAGCUAUUUGUGAAAGUUGCUAACAAAUGCUUGCACAAACAUCCACAAGGAAGGCCAACGAUGGCUGAAGUGGAAGGCAGCCUCAAGCACAUGUUGGUAUCAUAUGGCAGCCUACUGAAGUUUACCAAAAGUGUCAGCAAUGUAAUUAUGGGUUUUGCAUGCGUACCAUCUCAAGGUAUAUUUUGGGGGGAAAAGUCGUUGAAGAACCAUAACAUCUCAAGGUAUGGUUCCGAAAAUGGAUUUCUCAGGACGUUGCGGACAGACCCGUUUGAGGUCACUGCUGCUCGGCUGUAUCGAUGUUUCAAGCUGGCAAAAAUUCAAGCCGCAACAAACAAUUUCCAUGAGAAUCUGGUGAUUGAAGAUGUUGGUUAUACCAAAGUCUAUAGAGGUCAUAUUGGCAGGGGAAAUACUGAGGUGGCAAUUAGACGGUGGAAAGAAGGGAAAUCAAGAGAAAGGAACCUGGACCAGUUUACGGCUGAGAUGCAGGUCCAAUCCCAGCUCCGUCACCAUCACAUCAUCCCUUUAGUUGGAUAUUGCAAUGACAAACAAGAAUUGAUUCUUGUGUACGAGUACAUGGUCAACAAAUCUCUCUACCAUCAUCUCUAUGGACCCAACAAUAGUCCUCUUCCAUGGGAAAAGCGUCUUGAGAUCUGCAUAGGUGUGGCACGAGGGCUGCAAUACCUACACACGGGUACCAAACAGACAAUCAUUCACCACAACCUAAAGCCAACCAGUAUUCUGUUGGACGAGAAUUGGGCUGCCAAACUUUCAAGUUUAGAGUUUUCCAUUGUGCUACCCACCAAUGGAUCAACUGCUACCGGUAGUACCUUUUUCGCUGGCAAUGUGGGAUACAUGGAUCCAGAGUACCUCGCACAUUCAAAAUUAACUGUAAAAUCCGAUGUGUACUCAUUCGGGGUCAUCUUACUGGAAGUCCUCUGUGGGAGGAAGACAAUGGUUAUCACAAGGGGUGAGGCCGAGGUAAAUUUAGUCCAUUGGUUCAAAUCAAAUGUUGAACUGGGUACAGUUGAUCGAAUCACUGAUCCAGUCCUAGUUGAUACAAUAGCACCUGAAUGUUUGAAGGAGUAUGUCAUGAUUGCAGAAAGUUGCGUGCGUGGAAAGGGGAUUGAACGUCCAUCAAUGGAUGCUGUGGUAGGUAGCCUGUGGUGUGCACUGCAGCUACAGGAGGCUUGGCUAAACAAGUCCCAUGAGGCCAUCCUUCGUUCUCACAAUCAGUUCUCUGAUGGUAGAGUAAUUGUUGACAUCCCCAGUAGAGGAGGUAGUAAUGGGAUGAGUUUUACGAGUUUGGAAGAUUCCGCAUAUUUUUCAGGUAACCUAGCCCGAUAGCACAAGAUUGAUAUUGAUGCAGGACAAGUGGCUGAAACAUUCAUGGAGCAAUUGGAGAAUCACAAGUCAAAGAGGAAGUCGAAGAACAAGUAUUAAGUCAUUCAAUGUGUCUUUUAAAGUUCCAAGGUUGGUAUUAAGUAAGUUUGUUGAAGGGUCAUUUAGUUAAGUUCUUUGUAUUGAGGCUUAGGAGUCCAAAGGUCUUUGUUGGAAGUCUAAGAGUCAUGUGUUGGGAAGGUUAAAGGUUUGGUCUAUCCUUAUCCUUUAGCUAGUAUAAUUGAGAUUGUAAGUCUAAGGGCAACUCAACUUUCUCAAUCAAUAUUAAUUCAAGCUCUUUUCCUUGUGGAGGGCUACUCGUGGAUUUGAGUAAUUAUCUUGUCUGCUAGAACGAUAUCUAGCCUUUGUGUACUUUCCACUGCGUUAGAUAUUUAAAUUAAAAUUUUCUGUAA